GCCAAAACAGACCGCGUAGACUGUGCAAAUCACAAAGUGAGCGCGUUCGUUGUUUGUGAUGGAGUUUCCCGAGGGGUUCAAUCAGCUUGACCUGCUGGAGUCUCAUGGCCACAUGAUCCCGGUGGGGAUGAAGAGUGGAUGGGAGGAAGAAUGCGAUGAGGAGGAUGAAGAUGAAGGCUGCCAAACCGAGGAGUGGUAUCAGGAACAAGAGCUCAAAUUACAAGACAACCCCACUGAACUGAUAUUAUGGGCUGCUGAGAGGAAUCGAUUAGCCACAGUAGAACAUCUCCUUGCAUCAGACACAACCCUUGCUUAUUGUCAUGAUAGUGAUGGUUACACCCCUCUUCACCGCGCUGCCUACGGUGGACAUUACGCUGUGGUCUCGGCUCUUCUAGACGCCGGAGCAGAUCUUCAUGCGAGAACGACGGAUGGUUGGACGCCACUACAUAGCGCCUGUUGCUGGGGUCACACCACCGUGGCUUCCCGUCUUUUGAGGCGAGGAGCAGAGGUCAAUGCCAUGACCGCGGGCCACCUCACACCCCUGCAGCUGGCCGCAGGAAAUGCUGCAGCAGGUCAGACUAUCGAGCUGUUGCUGUCACACCGCACCCUGCAGACGGGACUGAAAAACAGCGCAGGAGAGACGGCGUAUGACAUCUCACGCCGCACGAGUGCACAUCACAGGCUGUUUGAGAUGGCGGAGCCUUGUAAUAACAUCUGCUGACAGCAAUGUGUGCACAUUCGGCUUCUGAUCAUGAAGCUAAAACAUAUGAAAGAAUGUUGAUGUGGUUCAUUUAUAUAUAGUUAAAGGGACAAAAAUAUAAAUUCUUUCAUCAUUGACUCAUUUUCAUGUCAUUGUACAGCUGUAUGAGUUACUUUCUUCUGCGAAACACAAAAGAAGAUAUUUUGAAGAAUGUUGGUAACAUUGAUCCCUAUUGACUUCCAUUGUGUGGACACAAAACCACAGAGACAUUUGUCAGAAUAUCUUCUUUUGUGUUCCAAAGAAGAAAGAGUCGGAUACAGGUUUUGAAUCACAUUGAGGUAAAUAAUCUAUGACAGAUUUUUUGCUUACUAUCCUUUAAAUUAAAAUGCACAUCAUAACAAAUACUGUAAAAUAAAUAAAAUCUGAAAUACA